UGUUUUACUUUUGUUGUUGUUAGAGUAGACAUUUCGCUAGGUUACAUUUUCUAGUGCUUCCCAUCGACGGGUUAAUUUAUAGCCAAAAAACAAGUGCUAGCUUUCAGCCGACAGUUCAACAUGAUAAGCUUUCUGUUCAUUGCCAAUCGCGCACUCAGCGCAACCAGUUCAGCGAUGUCGCAAGCUAUCAUCAGCAACGGUCCACGCCCCCUCGUGCUCUGCGGCCCCUCGGGCUCCGGCAAAAGCACGCUGCUGAAGCGUUUAUUCGCCGAAUUUCCGGAUAAAUUUGGAUUUAGCGUGUCGCACACAACACGGCGACCACGCGAAGGCGAACAAGAUGCGGUGCACUAUUAUUUCGUGAGUCGCUCCGAUAUGGAGAAGGCGAUAGCCAACGAUGAGUUCAUCGAGACGGCCGAGUUUACGGGUAACAUGUACGGCACCAGCAAGAUGGCCGUGCGCGAUAUACAGAAGCAGGGACGCGUCUGUAUACUGGACAUUGAGCAGAAGGGCGUGGAGCAGAUCAAGCGCACCGAUCUCAAUCCCAUACUCAUCUUUAACAAUCCCCCAAGCAUCGAUGAGCUGGAGCGUCGUCUGCGUCAGCGUGGUUCCGAAACGGAGGAGACGCUGCGCAAUCGUCUCAAUGCCGCCGAAGUGGAGAUUGCCUACGGACUGGAGCCGGGCAAUUUCCAUAAGAUCAUCAAUAAUGUGGACAUCGAUGUGGCCUACGAGGAGUUCCGUGACUUUGUUGUCGCCGAGCUGAAGGAGCAGGAGGCGCAGGGAGUGCACUUUAAUUGAAAGUGUCGCAGAGUGAGGAGAAUAAUGUAAUGAUAUUAUUUAUGUACAUUUUGCCGAAUGUACUUAGAGAAGAACGGAAACCUCUUAAACUAAUGAAUGAAUGGCAUUUAUACUUAUUGAACAAUAUUUAUUGUAAUUUGUCUCGCGUUGUUUGUUGUUUGUUUUAGUGCGGUAAUUUUAAGCCUAAAGUUUGUUGUAAACAUUAAAAGCAAACAAAUGAACUAACGGAAAUUUCAUAUUUACGUGUCCCCGAUUCAAUUGAUUCAAAUGAAGACAG